AUGGCUACGGUGCCGUGCUGGAGCCGGCUGCGCUCCGUUCCCCGGCUGCUGUCCCGCAGGAAGCGAGUCCCGGCCGGCCCGGGGGACUCCAGCCUGCGCCGCUGCCUCUCGCCCCUGGACCUGGCUGCCCUGGGGGUGGGCAGCACGCUGGGGGCUGGGGUCUACGUCCUGGCAGGGGAGGUGGCCAAAACCAGCUCUGGCCCGAGCAUCGUGCUCUCUUUCCUGAUUGCAGCCGUGGUGUCUGCCCUGGCAGGGCUGUGCUACGCCGAGCUGGGGGCGCGUGUGCCCCUGGCUGGCUCUGCCUACCUGUACAGCUACGUGACAGUGGGAGAGCUCUGCGCCUUCCUGGCUGGAUGGAACCUGCUGCUGUCCUAUGUCAUCGGUACUGCCAGCGUUGCCCGGGCCUGGAGUGCUACCUUUGACCAGCUCCUGGGCAAGAGGAUGGGGAGGUUUUUGGGUGCUCACGCAGCCAUGAGCUCUGUGGGGCUGGCAGAGCACCCAGAUGCCUUUGCUGCUGGCCUGGUGGUCCUGCUGGCAGCGCUUCUUUCCUUUGGAGUGAAGGAGUCCACCAUGGUCAACAAAGCCUUCACAGCUCUCAACGUGCUCGUCCUGCUCUUUGUCACAGUGAGUGGCUUCAUCAAAGGCCACAUGAGCAACUGGAGGCUCAGGGAGGAUGACCUGCCACAGGCAGCUGCCCACGAGGCUGGGAACCAGUCCAUGGCUGACAACAGGACCAGUGCCUUUGGGGUGGGAGGCUUCAUGCCCUAUGGCUUCACUGGCACCUUGGCUGGAGCCUCUGCCUGUUUCUAUGCCUUUGUUGGAUUUGACUGCAUUGCUACCACAGGGGAAGAAGUGAGGGACCCGCAGAGAUCCAUCCCCAUGGGCAUCAUUCUCUCCCUCCUCAUCUGCUUCCUGGCCUACUUUGGGGUGUCUGCUGCCCUCACCCUGAUGAUGCCCUACUACCUCCUGGACACCACGAGCCCUCUGCCAGUGGCCUUUGAGUACAUUGGCUGGAGCAGUGCCAAGUAUGCUGUGGCUGUGGGGUCACUGUGUGCCCUGACCACCAGCCUCCUGGGCUCCAUGUUCCCCAUGCCAAGGAUCCUGUAUGCGAUGGCUCGGGAUGGGCUCCUCUUCCAGCCUCUGGCCAAAGUCAGUCGCCAUCAGUGCCCGGUGGUGGCAACUCUGGUGUCGGGGGCAGUGGCAGCUCUCCUGGCCCUUCUCUUCGACCUGAAAGCCCUGGUUGACACCAUGUCCAUUGGCACACUGCUGGCCUACUCCAUGGUGGCUGCCUGUGUGCUGCUGCUCAGGUACCGGCCUGAGCCUGGCCCUCGGGACACUCCUGUGGGGAAGGUCCCAGCUGUGCAGCCAUGGUGGAACCACCUGGUGCAGCCACCUCCCCAUCCCACCCCUCGCUCCUCUGCCCUGGUGGUCUGGGCUCUGACAGCUGCAGCUGCCCUGGCCUGUGCCCUGGGCUGGGUGAGCACUGCUGGGCUGCCCUGCCUGCGGGCUGGGGGUGCCUGGUGCAUCUCAGCUCUGGCCCUGCCUCUCCUGGGGAUCCUGGCAGCAGCUCUUCUCAUCUGGAGGCAGCCUCAGAGCCAGGACAAGGCGUCCUUCAUGGUUCCCUGCCUGCCCUUCCUGCCUCUCGUCAGCAUCUCCACCAACGCGGUGCUGCUGGCCCGGCUCAGCGCGGCCCCCUGGCUGCGGUACCUGCUCUGGAUGGCUGCGGGUUUCCUCAUUUACUUUGGCUAUGGGAUCUGGCACAGCACUGAGAGCCCCUGGCCUGAAGGGACAGGUCCCCAGGAGCUGCCCCAAAGCAGAGCCAGGGAGGUGGCCCUGGAGCCCCGUGACACUGCCCUGUGCCCAUCUGCUCCGGGGCAAUGA